AUGGCCGCGAAUCUAUAUAAAUCAUUGGACUGGCGAACUGUUACAGUUGAAUGUCCUAAGUUCCGACUUUAAGCUGAUCGAGUUGGCAACAUAGUUUUAACCAUGGCCAUCUUCACAACAGCCCUGCUGGUCAUGUUCCUAGCUCUACCUGGGUUUGCAAGCGGACAGGCGGACGUGUCGACGUUUUGCCCCAACGUUGCGACAGACGCAGUCACGUGCCUGCAGUCCACCGUCACAGAUACAACGCUCUCCGGUCUCCUGACGGACCCGUCCACACUUCUCGAUGUCGGCAGUCUUGUGUUCGAAAACUCUGGAGUCAUCUGUCCAACAGCAAACACGCUCCAACUUCAGGCCAUGUACGACUGCCUCUAUGCAAAGCUAGUGCUCUGUAUCCCGACCUUGUGGCAGAAGGCCUACCCGACUGUACAACAGACUAAACAGCACAUUGUCUACAUCUGUCAAAAUGUACAAAACGUUGACCCGACGUGUGUGGCGGACUCCGCUCGAUCAGCUACCAGGGAUGCGUGUGUAGUGGCAGGCACCCAACCAGCAACACCAUCCCCUUCUGACGCCGUGGCAUCAGUUGCCUUUCAGUGCAGCCAAACGGAUUUGACAGCGACCUGCACCCAGGCAGCAUAUGCAACAUGUACCGGUAACACGGCCGCCCUCUUGUCUCUGUCCAUCAAGCUACAAGGUCCGUCCGGGUGUGCUGCAGGCGACAUUAUCCGCCCCUCCUUAACUCUUGCCCUCAUACCUGUGGUUGCUUGUGUAAUGUCCUUGUUUACACGGGUGUAAAUAGAAGGUUACUAUUAAUAACUAUCAUGAUAGUACUAGGUCCGUCCUGAUGUGCUGCAAGUGACAUUAUCCGCCCCUCCUUAACUCUUGUCCUCAUACAUGUGGUUGCUUGUGUAACGUCCUUGUUUACACGAGUGUAAAUAGAAGGUUUUUAUCAAUAACUAUUAUGUUGGGAAUCCCACUAGGCGGAGUAUCGCAUUAGCAUUCGUGGCCAUUUAUUAGGUCCGAGAACAAACACAUAUAACUUUGCAGCCCGAUGACAACACAGAAAUGGCAGUGCUUAUUCCCUUUAAAUAUAUUAUCAAUAUGAGUGGAAUCACUAAUAACGAAUGUUGCUUGAUGUUAUUAUGUUGCACGUGUUGUAUUCCAUUGUUGUCUACUGUCUGUACAUUUGUACACACCAUGUGGUUCUACUAUGUAUAUACGAAGAUGUUCUAACAAAGUGUUUGUCAGAAAUACAACCGUCAUGUUUCUA